UGAAGGAGACUCAUUACACAGCCUUGACAGGCCUCCAAUGUUCUGUCCCUCUCACCCUGCAGCGCCUGUACCUCUAGAUAGCAAAGCACACACCCAGGCCAGGCACCACCCAGCAGCUAGCACUCAGAUGGAGACACACUGAUACCCAGCACAGGGACGCAGAUAAAUAGGUGCAUUCCCCUGCUCAUUCUAUCACACACAAAAGACCUCCGUUUAAAUGCAUAGUCUCAGUCUGGACAGAGCCAACAGCAAAUGCCCUUAGCACAACUUCCCUGCGAACAGGGGAACUUUUGAACUCUUUCCUUGGAUCUCAUUCAAAGGAAUAGAGAACAGAGAGAGUUAGCAGACGCCUGGUCACUCCAACUUCCCAGCACCUCUUUCUUAUCUCUGCUUCCUGUGUAACCCCUGGCCCCCUCAUCCUUCCUUGUUCCUGAAGGGUCCUCCCUUGCUGGAAAGCUCACUGACUUCUUCCUUGCCACUUUUGGGAAAAUCCCCCCUUUUGUGGCCUUCACGUUGUUUUCCUGAGGUCAUUCUGACCAGCCAAACCCAACUUCAAAACAGGAAGCUCCAGGACAGUACCCUGUGUUAGCCUAAGGUUUAAGUAGGCAGUCCUGAGUGUGACCCCCACACAUAUCCCGGCUCUGCCCAGAACCAGAGAGCAUUCAUUAGCCCUGGGCACUUAUCUUGGAGCCACAGCUGCUGACCGAGAGUCCUGGCCCUGUACUCUGCCUGCCCUGAACCUGCAGUGCCAUGGGGAACUGUCUGCACCCGGUGGAAACCUCCUUUUCACUAGACAAGAAUGAAACUGAGUGGCUUAUGGAUCUUUUGAAUUAUUCAUAUGAAGAAAACGACUAUGACUUUCCCAGUAACUACAGCGUUGGGGCAGCCGCUCCCUGCCGCUCCUGUAAUCUACUGGACAGUUCUUCACUGCCCUUCUUCAUCCUCACCAGUGUCCUGGGCAUGCUGGCAAGUGGUGCCGUCCUCUUCGCCAUUCUCAAGCCUCUCUUCCACUGGCAGAUCUGCCCCAGCUGGCCUGUUCUGGCACAGUUGGCAGUAGGCAGUGCCCUCUUCAGCAUGGCGGUGCCUAUCCUGGCACCAGGGUUCAACACUGUCCAUAGCACAGGCCUGUGUUACCUGGGCUACUGGGUCUGGUAUACUUCAGCUUUUGCCCAGGCUCUGCUCAUAGGUUGCUAUGCCUGCCUAAACCCCAGAGUGAAUAUAGGUCAAAUCCGUGGCCUCACCUUGGGACUCACUGUGGCACUUUGGGGAGCAGCUGGCCUGUUAGGGCUGCCAGUCACUUUGGCCAGUGAUGUUUACAAUGACCUCUGCACCCUUGCAUCCGACAAGGACCUGGAAGUUUUGAAGUCCGCCCACUCUGCAAUCUGUUUUACCAUCUUCACCGUGUUCCCACUGGCUCUCUUGGCAGCCAACGGGCUGAAGAAAGCAUUGAGCAAGGAGUCAGGCCCCUGGGUUAGUGUCCUGUGGGUCUGGUUCAUUUUCUGGUGGCCUCAUGGGAUGGUUCUCCUAUUCGAUGCCUUGGUGAGGUCCAAAAUCGUGCUUUUGCCAUCCUGUCCAUCCCAGCAGAUUCUAGAUGUGAUGCUGAACCUGGCGGAAGUCCUGGCUGUGCUGCAUUGUGUGGCUACACCCCUGGUCCUGGCCCUGUUCUGCCACCAGACCACCCGUAGAUCCUUGGUCUCUCUGUCCCCCCCUGCAAGACAGUCUUCUCCUACAGAUGCCUUUGCAGGCAAAUGCUAGUUCUUUCCCCACGUAUCAACCUAAAUUAAAGUCUAUACUGCUUUUAUGAA